UGACAUGGUAAAAAUAAAUAUAAGAAGCAUCCAGUGGUGGUGAUAAGUCUUGUGGGUUCUUCUUCCUAUGGCAUGCUUAGACAUGUUCAACACAGAGCACCAAGGUCACUAUGCUCCCAUGAGCCCUAGAAUCUCUUUCUCAAAUGAUUUCAUAGAUGCCCAACAAAUGAAGAUCAAGUAUGAAUGCACUUCCAGAGAAGCACCUGUGGCUGCUGCUUCAUCUGAUUUCGAAUUCUCUGUCACCAACAACACUAUGAUGACAGCAGAUGAGCUCUUCUUCAAGGGUAGGUUGUUACCCUUCAAGGAUAACUGUACCAACCAGUUUCAGAAGAUGACAUUGAGAGAUGAGCUCCUCAUCGAUGAAGAAGACUGUGUUGGUGUAUCUCCAAAGCCCUCCAAGGGUUCUUCCAUUAAGUGGAAAGGGCUUUUGGGUCUGAAGAGAUCCCACAAUCUUCCCAAGAAAGCUGAUAAGAGUACUGAUGGGUCUAUGCAGAACAGAGCUGUAGAAGGAAAAGGGUCUAUGUUGUUGGUUCAUGAAGAGGAGGUGCCAGUUAGUGAAGCUUCACAACAGGAACUUUUGGCAGAUGUAGUGAGGACUAAAAAUUCAAGAGAUGUGGAGAUUGGGAUUUAAUGCCAUUGUGGAUGAAGAACAAGGACUCCUAGCUAGAUAUUUCUGCUAAUUCUAGAGGAACUGCUGAUAAUUUAGAUUUAUUUGUGGGUUAGGGGUUUUAACCUUGAUUUAUCUUUCCUUUCAUCACCACUUUCUUACAUUUUUCCCCCUUCCAGAGGUUAGUGCUUGACUGUUUUAUGUAUAAAAAUUUGCAGUUAAAGAUUAAUUUCUAUGCUUUGUGCUGUUUAUUGA